AUGGAGUUCACGAAGUGCACCAAGGAACCUGCGGUAUAUCAAAAGAAACAGAAGGGGGAGCUUCUGAUCAUAGCUAUUUACGUUGAUGACUUGAUUGUAACAGGGACUUCACUCAACGUUAUCAAGCAAUUCAAAGAUGAUAUGUCAAGAAGUUUUGAGAUGUCAGACCUCGAGAUGCUUACAUACUAUCUUGGUAUAGAAGUAACACAAGGAGCUGAUGGCAUUCACAUCAAACAAGAAGGAUACACGCAAGUUAUACUUGUCAAGACGAAGAUGGAGUCAUGUAACUAUACUCACGAUCUGAUGCACACGAGUUUGAAAGUAUCAAAGGCAGAGGAGGAGCCUGAGAUUGAUGCAACAUCGUAUCGAAGCAUCAUAGGAUGUUUAAGAGUUCAAGAGAGAGUCAUAGAGAAGCAGUGA